CCUCACACCCAUACUUGAUUCUUCAGUCAGUGCAAAUACAGUACUGUGCAAAAGUCUUAGGUUACCUCUCCUUUAAAUUUUGCUAUGAAAAUGAGAAAAAGAUGCUAAGGGUUAUUGAAUGAGGAAAUCCAGGCUAUAAGGCAAAAACAGAGUUUUUACAGUUCUGUUCUAUAACAUAGCUCGAACUCUCAUAGGCAGCUUUCUUGACAUUUCUUAAGUAGUUUUCAGUUUUCAAUUACGACACGAAAGAGCCGAUAGAUACAGAAAAAGGUUCAGAUAUCUCCGUACCCCACUUAGCUUGUAUAGUUUGAUGUGAAUACCAAAAAUCCUAAUUACAUAUGCAACGACCGCUCUGCUUUGCAAUUUAACAAACAGCUGAUGGUUUUACUUUGUCAAAUGCUUUGGGCGCAUCUAAAAGGCACAAAAAACUGAUGUGUUCUGUCCCUAUAUUUGUAUAUAUAUUUAUGUAUAGAUCAGUAUUACUCUUAAAACCAACUUGAUUAUCAGUUGUUGUUAUAUGCUUUUGAAAUCUGUGUUCAAACACUUUACAAAAUACAUUUGCCAAGGCAGUUGGUCUCUAAUUAUCAAUACUAGAAAUCUUCCCACUUUUAUCUUUCACUACUGGCACUAAUAUAAAUGAUAACAUGGAAUCAGGUAAAAUACCAUCAGUUUAAAAUCCUGUAAAGCACGUUUAGAGUGACAUGUGGAUUUUUUGACUAGGUGCUCUGCUGAUAAUUGGUCUAAACCACACACUUUGUUUGAUGCGUCUCAUUUACCAGCCAUCUACAGUGAAGCAGGAGGCAUGUCUGCAGCAGAGAGCAACCAUGCACAACGUGUCCUGUCUGCCCUGAACCAGCAGAGGGCAGUGGGCAGGUUUUGUGAUGCAUCAUUGAAUGUGGGAGACGGGGUAGUGUUCCUUGCUCAUCGCAACAUCCUCGCCUGCUUCACUGAACUCCUCCAGCAGUCAAACAUGCCUUCUGCAACAGAGUUCUGCCUGCAGGGAUGCCCCAGUGAUGGCUUGGAGCUGCUCCUAAACUUUGUCUACACCGGAGAGCUGAAGUUGGAUCCUCACAACCUGGACAGAGUCCAGCAGGCAGCAGCCAGCCUGUGCGUACCGGAGGCACUCACACGCUGUCAGCAGUUCAAGGAGACCUCUAAGGAGCCUGUGCCUGUCAAGCGUAAAAGAGGUAGACCUAGAAAGUCUGCCUCAGACAUCACGAAAUACGAGCCCACCAUUGAUACUGCUGCAGCCAGUUUUACCGCUGCUGCCACUACUACAGCAACCACCACACGCUCUGGCCGGGUAGUGAAGGGCUCCAGGCGACUUGUGACUAUCGAUGAGAGCCCUACAUGUUCCCAGUGUCCCAAAACCUUCUUAACUCGCGCGGAGCUGCGCGUGCACGAAGCCGCCAAACAUCGUGGAGAAAAGCCGUUUGUGUGCGAGGAGUGUGGCCAUCGGGCAUCUAGUAGAAACGGCCUGCAGAUGCAUAUCAAAGCGAUCCACAGAAAUGAGCGCCCUUUUGUCUGUAACUCGUGUGGCCACGCCUUCUCCCAAAAGAACAACCUCAACAUGCAUCUGCGUAUACACAGUGGCGAGAGGCCAUACCAGUGUCACCUCUGCGGGAAAACCUUUAGGACACAAGCCAGUCUGGAUAAACACCACCGGACUCACACCGGCGAGCGGCCCUUCGGCUGUGAUGUCUGUGAGCAGCGCUUCACGGAGAAAGGCGCUCUUCUCCGACACAAGGCCAGCAAGCACGAGGAAGGCCGCCCCCACUGCUGUCACAUCUGCGGUAAAACUUUCAAAGCGAGGGAGCAGCUGCGCGUCCACCUGCGUCGUCAUAAAGGCAUGAGGAAGUUUGAGUGUGUAGACUGCGGCUACAAGUUCACUCGACAGGUUGGUUCCAACACAGAAAUGUGA